CGAGCAUCAGUUCCGUACCUGAACACCUGUGUGGGACGCAGCCGCCGAACUGACAGCGGCUGACCUGUGACCCGGCUGACUGGCACUGUCACGCCGCUGACAGCUCUGCCCACCUGUCACGCCGACUCUGCCCACAGGACAGGGCGUGGUCGAUGUCGACGACGGCCGGCGGCUCUUGGACCGACUGCGAGGGGUUCACGGGCGGGCCGCGCAGAGCACCGGCCGCCGGCUGGCCGUCGCGACACUCGGCCAGCUCCCUGGCGACAGACGCCGCCAGCCAGCCCGGCACCAGUGCGGCAGACAGACUGAGACGGCCCCGCUCGGCACCCGAACACUCGACACGCACCAGCGCUCACAGAAUGGCCAGCCUGCUACCCCGAGUCAAAGUGAGAAACUUUUUGGAAGACUUCAGCGAGAUCGACCCGAGGAAGUUUCACUUUUACGACUUUGGCAUCCAAGACUUCCUGGUGAUGCGCCACCAUAUCACCUUGGAUGAGGACACGGACGAAUCGUCGAGCGGUGGCGACUACAACCAGGGGCUGGCAAUUGACCCGUGCGACUACCUCAGCGAUUCGGAGGUCUCCACUGGCAGCGUGGACCUAUCGGCCGAGCAGGUGGUCUGGGAGAAGCGCCUGGUGGAGUGUCCGGCAGCGCUGCUCCGAAACCGACUCCGUCACGCCAGCUACAAGAAGAGUAACUCGUCGCACGAGGUGCGGCGCGGCCGUCGCGGCGGCCGUCCGCUGCGCCGGCGAGCGUCUGAUAACCUGCUCUGCUCACGAUCGGCCAUGGCCACGCCGCGCACACGGCUGGUGGCCGGCACCGUGUGCUGGAACAGCGACACAGAUAUUGUGCUGCCGAACGAGUCGGUUGAACUGGAGAUCGGAGAGGACUGCGGCAGCGGCAGCAGCCUGGACAGCCAGACGCUGGGCAGAGCCGCCCAGCACCAGUCCAACGCUCUGCCGCCGGUAGUGACUGACUCGGAGAGGCCGGUGCAGUGCGGUGCCGCCGUCCAGGAGCGCUGCCUGCGCCCUCAGCCGUGUCUGACGCACGCUCUGCUGCUGGCCGGCCUGCCGGGUGGCGCGCGGUCGGGGCGCCAGCACCUGUCCACCGCCCACUCGGCACGCGGGCUGCUGCUGCCCGACCUCGUCCCUCCGCCAGAGAGGACCAACGGUAACGGCGCAGGACCGAAACGAGAGUCCGGUGACCCGCCAAAGGCAGAGGAGGGCGUGCAAGAAGGAGACAGAGACAAACAGAAGACGGAGAGGGACUCCCAGAAGGCGGAGACGGACGGACAGGAGGCGGACUCCCAGAACUCCAGCCGGCGUCGGUCGCGCGCCUCCGCCUCUGAGCAGCGGCGGGCGGAGGCGUCGGCGGCCGGUCGGGGCGCCGGCCGGGCCGCGGAGCCGGCGGCGGGUCGCAGUCCGCGCCGACCUCCUCCGACAGAGACGGUCAGCAGCGGCAGCCGUGCCAGUUCUGACACCGACCUGUGGCCGUCGUCGCGGCAGCACAGCCACACCUCGAACGCGUCCCUGUCGUCGCUCUCACACUCGGCCGUACUGGACGUGGUCGACGAGCCACCGCAGAUGACCGCGCUGGAGAGGAAACUCAUCAUGAAGAAACACCCGAUGCUGCGCAACGACACGAACGCUCACAUUCUGGCACCGCCCGACUUCCGUAUCGGGAUGAAGUAAGCAGCACCGAGCUUUGCAGAACGGCUCCUAGUAGUACAAACGACUCAACAAGCUCUCUUCCAUGUAAAUAAACUCGUCUUCUCUCUUACUUUGCACUGAAUGGUUAAUCGUGAUAAAUUAUUAUGUUAAUUGAAAUAACAUUAGCCACAAAACACGCAUGAUUUUUUCAAGUCGGCAAACAUCGUAGAAAUAUUUGUUCUUUGUGGGAAAACGAACUGAAAGUUUGAAUUUAGCCAAGUUCAGGCAAAGUUCAGAAUGCCAAGCUGUAUCUGCCAAUGCGACUCAGAAGUAGCAACAAGAGUGCACACUGUCCAAAACUCUAACAUGACAACAGACGGUAGGCUCGUGACAAAUAUGGAUGGAUAGUCAUGUGUGUUCUUUGGCACUUCAUACCUACCGCCCUAUGAAAAGUGGCCUGUGUUCGCUGCUCUCUACAUGUCGAACGACGUAAACACAUUCAGGCUUAUCUCAGAGCGUAUCCCCUUUGUUCAAGCUUAUCCCCCGGCCGGGACGUAUGUAGAAAACAUAGGUCCGGCGUGGGUAGGUAUUCUAAAGAGCUUGACAAAAUCGCUUUAACGACACGUUGAUUUUGUCAUUUGAUUAUGUUUCUCUUCGAGGUUUCUCGAUAGGUACACCAAUGAUUUGGAUGAUUGGUUAGUCGUAAAAAGCCUAUUUUUCUUUUCCUUUGUAGUGUGCUAUCAUUCCUUGUGAUGCAAUGCGUGUACUUGAACAACUUUUCGUCAUCACAGCAUAUGUUUUUGAAAAUAAAUGUUAGCUUUAUGGGAUAUAGGUAUACCUACGCCGUUUAGGUUGAUUGAUAUACCUGUGAAUGUCUGUUUAGUGUUUAAUGUCAUUGAUGCGUCUUAGCUGCUUCUGUUUUUUGGCACACGCUUGUAUUUUGUCUUCGUAUGAAUGGAAGCAUCACAUGCUCCGUUGUCGCCGCUGAGAGGAUAAGCGUAAUAAAUAACACGAUGAAACGGU